UCGUUCCCUGUGCGAUACAGCAGUGCAUUAUGCAGCCUCCUCAGCGCAACUCCGACAACUGUUCACCACCGCCUCGUUUAGCCAUGAACUCCGAGCGUUGAUGUCACGUCACACUUCAAUUGGAGGGCAUUGUAGCCUUGGUCAUGAUCCCCAGUAGCUGUUGUUUCGGUUUCCGUGACCCACACCUUCCUCCCUCAUCUCAAGAGCGGGCACCACGAGGCUUGCACCGUCGAUCUUCCAUUGCUGGACGGUAUAUAAACUGAGGAGAAGGACCACUUGUUACAUGCUGCUCAGCUCAUUUUGAUGCAUUAGCCGUGUGAUCAAUACAACCAUCGCUUAGGGAGAGUCUCGGAGACAUGUUUAGAUCCGCAUCAACUAUUUCAGCGCUCAAGUUUGCUUCUUUUAAUCCCCUACGCAAUUCGCAUAGGGUUGCUCCACGCUUGGUACCACCAAUUGUGUUAAUAAGUCGGAAGAACUCUACAACAAUGAGAGGCCUACAAUACUACGGUGCUAACGACAUCAGAUACAACACCGAGAUCCCUGUUCCGCAGGUCACUAACCCAGAUGACGUGAUUGUAAAGGUUGCCUUCUGCGGUAUCUGUGGGACAGAUCUACACGAGUACGAGGAGCCAAUCUUCUUCUCCAGUGCUGCGUCGCCAGACGGUGAUAAGAUCAGUGGCAAAAAGUUGCCACUGGUUCUAGGCCACGAGUUCUCUGGGGUAGUUCAUGAGGUUGGUUCCAACGUCACCCAUGUGAAGGAAGGGGACCAUGUGGUUGUGGAGACCACAGGCCACUGCGAAGAGAGACAGAACUACUUCAAAUCUCCGGAGAACAAGAGAAGCCAUCUACCAACGUGCCAGUCCUGUGAACUGGGCUACACAAACACAUGUGCCGACCUCAACUUCCUGGGGUUGGGUGUUGAUAAUGGAGCCCUUGCCGAGUUCACAAAGUACUCCAAGAACCACGUCUUGAAGGUGGACAAGAAGAUCCCCCUGGACGUGGCUGCGUUGAUCGAGCCUCUCUCUGUGGUCUGGCACGCUGUUGAGCUCGCCAACUUCAAGGCAGGCCAGGAUGCCCUUGUGCUGGGCGCAGGGCCAAUUGGCCUCGCAACGUGUUUGGUGCUCCAAGCAAAGGGUGCUUCCAAGGUGGUUGUGUCUGAGCCUGCCUCUAUCAGACGUGAGCAGGCCAUCAAGCUAGGUGCCGUUGGCUUCAACCCAGCCGAGUUUGGUCCACGCGCGACAGAGGAGUUGAGAAAGUUGGGGUCCCGUGGUGAAGGCUUUGCAGCUUCCUUUGAUUGUUCUGGUAUUCCUGUGACGUAUGAAACGUCUAUCCAUGCCAUCAGAGCACACGGUGUUGCCUGUAAUGUCGCCAUCUGGCCACACAAAUCGGUUGCCCACUACGUCAUGGAUCUCACUCUUGAAGAGAAGACGUCUGUCGGGUCACUGGGCUACACCACCAAGGACUUUGCCGGUGUUAUAAAGGCCAUGGAAGCUGGUAAAUUGGAAGUUGCCAAGGUCAAAGAGCUUAUCACUGGUAAAUUCUCGCUUAAAGAUGGUGUUGAGAAGGGC